AUGGCUUUGGUCGGGGAGCGGGUCGUCGUCAGCGGGCUGCUUCGCCGGCCCGAGCUAAACUCCCAGGUGGGCGAGGCGACCUCCUUUGACGAGGCGAACGGGCGCUACACGGUCCGAAUCGGCACCGAGCAGAUCGCGCUGAGGCCCAUGAAUGUCGAGAGAGCGCCCUUCCGUAGCAGCGGCGCUCCUGCAGAAACACUCGAGCCGCACGCCAAGGUGCGAAUACAUGGCCUGUCAGCUCGCGCCGAGCUCAACUCUUGCGGAGGCACCAUCCUGUGUUGGCACGCGGACAAGGGUCGGUACGGCGUGCAGGUCGAGGGCAGCCUCGAGACAGUGCUGCUCCGACCGACCAACUUGGAGGAGGCGGACGCCAUCAUCGAGAACAAGGAGCGAGAGCUGCUCGCCGCCGAGGCCGCGGAGGCAGCGAAGCAUCCUUUCGGCGCAGGCUUCGGCGCGGCGGCCGGCGGUGGGGCCGCUGCGGUGUAG